AUGGAGACAACUUCUAAUGGAAUCCUAACAACAGAGCAAGGAUCGUCAUUUGUACUAACAGAAGGAAUAACGACUAAUGCUACAAAAGUGGCAGAAUCAACAACAACGACAUUGCACGCAUCAACACUAACAUCAAAUGGAACUUUUAUCAAACUAGAACCCGUCCCAAUAUCAGUAAAAAACAGGAUGGUGGAUAUAUAUGAUGGAGUUGUUUUAUCAGGACACGUUAUAGUGGAACAGUACGUGUCGGGUCUCCAAUUAUGUGCUAUGGAAUGUUUAAAAACAGUGGAUUGUCAUUCUAUAAAUUUUAUAAAAGAAAAAAGAGUAUGUCAGUUGAAUUCAGCAUCAUCAACUGAUUCGAUGAGUUUACAUGCCAUGAAGGGCAAUCUGUUUACACGUAAAGAUCAGUGGCCAAAGACAUUACUAGGAUAUUGUCAGAACAAAACAUGUGGUCCGCAGGAGAGGUGUAUAGAGCUGCGCAGUAGAGCAGUAUGUAUCAUUGUUAACUGCACAAAGCCUCCAACAGUCACAGAUGCUUACACAUCAGACUCUUUGGUGCAUGUUGGUUCAAGAAUUGCGUAUAAAUGUGUCCAAGGAAAAAGUCCCAAUGUUUCAGAGGUAGCCAUGACGAUCAUCUGUCGAGGAAAUGGCCAGUGGACAGCAGUGCAAUUUCAGUGUGUCUGAUAUAAAGUUUUACAAAAU